AUGUCCAUCGCCAAGACAGUCCUUCACAAGUUUGUUGGCUACCUGGAGGCGCAGGCCUCGGAGCUGAUCUGGAAACCUCGGUGCUCCGCGACGAUCUCGUGGGAGCAGACCCAGGGUAUCUCUGCCAAGAACAAGACAUCCAAAUACACAGGCCCCCGAGGUGACUGGAGUCAAGGAUACGGUUACAUCACGCACGAUGGUUUCUCGACAAUUGUUGCGCAGAGCCAGGUUCUGGACCGGACUGCAAACCGGUGGGCGGCGUACUGA